CAAGAAAUGACUUGUAUGUGGAGGUAAGAAGAAGGUGAUGAUAUUGGUCUUCUCACAGAAUUCAACAAAUUCAUGUGUUAGAUGGGAGCCGUAUCCAUCACAUAUAAGAAGGGUAUAUUGACCCUUCCUAUAUCUUUUAGUAUGCCGAUAGAAUGACUGAAUCCAUUGGAAGGCAAUUGUAUCAGUCAUAUAACCAUUUUCUGAUACUCCAAUUGAAUAGUCUUGUUGAAUAUCAGCAGCUUCAAACCAAUUUGUAAGUAUACAGCUACCACUCAUGAGAAUAAGUGGUGGGCAGGUCCAGCCAUCUGCAUUGACUGCUUCAACCACAGUAACAUAUUCACGGUUUGAAUUCAUCCCAAUAUGAGGCUUAUUAAUAUUGAAGUCCCUGGUAAUAAUCCAUUGAUCACGACCAACACCGAUAUUGAAGCCAGUCUCAUCAAAAUUGUAGAUAUCCUCCUUUAAUAUCCCAUGGUUCUGGAUGGUCUGAUGGAGCUUCUGAAACCACUCCUGAAUAACCUCACGAUCCUCUGCACGCUUGCGGUCAAGCUCUAUAGCUCUAGAGCGACGUCUUUUAUAUUCAGGAUGCCUUCCUAGCCAUCGGUUUAACCAUUUCUCGCUGACAGUAGGUGGAGGGGUGUCUAGGCUGGUAUGGGUUGAUCUCAGAAUAGAAUUGGCACUUGAUUGGAUCAUUUGUGCAAGUGGCUUUAUAUUUAAUUGCUCUAGAGUAUCAACAUAGUGACACAGAGCCUUUUCUUGCUCUUCUGAUAAUCUGGUGUUGGUUGGUGGUCGUUCACAUAGAUUGGACCGUCCCUUCCACCUUGCGGAGAGGGUUUGCCGUUUAACUCCAUAUUCACGUGCAGUUUUGGCGAUAUUUGGGGGAUUUUGUGUGCUUAACGCGUCAAUAGCUUUGAGCAUUCGAUCUUCAUAAUUUUUAUUGAAUUUGGGCAUGGUGGUGGUGGUUGAAUUAUAUGAUAAAGUUGAUGGGUUGGAAUUCUACGAAGUUCUAAAAUCGGUGCUCGGGUGGCUGGGGUGCUCGGGUGGUUGUCAGGGUCGCGCAAUACGCGCGACCCCGAAGGUUACCGUAGGGGUCGGUUAAUCGUUAACCGCCUCCAACUUGGGCCGCCAACUUCUUAUCUUCUGUUUCCAGCACCAGCGAACAUGGCUCAUUGGGAGCUGUGUCCCUAGUUUCUUUUUUUUUUUUUCCUGUUGUUAUACGAGUUGCUCUUUCUGUUCCGUGAGAACGGCCUGACUCUGUCUCUUGCUACCUCGAGGGAAAGAAAGUCGAUAUGCCUCCAAACAGGAAAAAAAAGAAGCCAGCCGCUAAUCCUGCUCGAGGUUUCGCUACUGUCUCCAUCCCAUCGAAACCUAAGGUCACUGAGUCCUCUGAAUCACCGUCGAGGGAGCCUCCCAAAACUGCACCGGUCAGUGACAGGCCGGCACCUGCUGGAGGGAAACAACCGCAAGUGCAAGGUGGAGAGAGGACUCCAUCUCUCCAGCAGUACUCACCAGAGGAGCUAGAAAGGCACCUGGAGGACUCGGAGCUACAAUUGCUUGUUGAAAAAUAUGCAUCUAAGUGCAAAAGUGACGCGGCUCGCCAGGCUGCGAAACUGGAGACCGAUCGACGCGUCCUGCGGCAGCAGGCUGUCUCGUUGAACCUUUUAGAAUGGAUGCCUUCUGAAGUGCUGGACCAGAUUCUUAAAUUAGCAGAGACAGAGGAAGCGGAGCUUGGCCCGCUACUAAAGAAGCCGUCAAAUGGCGUAAGACGGUCAGCUUCUCAGGAGGAGCUCUGUGUGAGACUUUGGACCCUUAAAGAAACGCUCCUUAAGUCGGGUUUCCCGGAAUCGAAAGUAGACGAUGCAUUAAAAUAUAUCUUGUUCCACUUCGCCGGGAAUGCUACAAAUGCCAACAGGGAUAUGGUUUGGAAUUUGGACGAGUCGCUCGACUGGCUGGCGAUGCAUUGCAAUCCAGAUGAUAUGCCAUCUUACACGCGGACGAAUGCCCAGCUUCCCAAGGAAUCAGAGAAUGUCUCUUCUUGGAUCACCGAUCGUGAGCCCUCACGAUCUUCAACUCCACUUUCGCCUCAAGGUGACAGUAAAAAGGCACCCAAACUUCCAAGCGCACCCAAGGCGCCCAACAUUCCGAGCGGAAGCCCUUAUGAUUCUGAUAGCUCUGUUGACCCUGACAACUUUGUCACAGAAUUUGUGGACUUACAGUCUAGGCUCUACCACCUCAAACCUGGACUUUUCAACCGGUCCAAAAAGGGGAAGAAAUCAACCAACGAGGAUAAUAGACAAGUUGAGGAAGAUCCUCAGGUUUUAAAAAUCCAGCGAAAGAUUUCAAAAAUUGAGAAUGAUGUGCUCUUUGACCGUCGAGAAGCCGAAUAUCUGUGGAAAGAGAAGCUUGAUGAAUUUAGGAAAGAAGCUGUGUUUUCCCGGCCUAAUACACAGGAGAGUAUCCCUUCUGCCUCUGCAACAGAUCCAGGGAAACAGGGGAGGUUGGAAGAAACCAAGGCACAGUCGGGGGCGAAUACGCUGCCUGCCGAUAAUAUUAUUGAAAAUGAAGAUGUAGACCUCCUUGGAGACAUGUUCGAAACCGAGACACCCAUUUUAGAUGCAAUAAUAGAGUCUAAAUCGGAUACUGGAGUAACGCUUCGUGAUUUUGGCAAAUGGACGGGCAUUAGUCCACGGCGUGUACUCGAAGAGACCUGCAAAGCGAGGGAUGCCGGAUGUACCGUUACUUAUAAGGACCUCUCGUCAUCAAGCUACUCGAACAGGAAGGCUGUUGAAGUAAGAUGGUCUAAACCUCAGGAUGUCCCGUUUCCGCUGUCAGUGGAUAUGGUAACUAUCAAGUCAAACGCCUAUGCCACUUUUGCUUCCAUGGAUACAAUUGCAACGCCGACCUCCCAACAAGCGGAAGGUUAUAUUUCUUCACUUGCUCUUUUCCUUUUAUUCUCACAGAGUCCAAAGGAAAGCAAAUCGUAUCUGCGGAUUCCAGCCGUGUGGCGGGAAUUUUGGACUGAACUCGGAAGCCUGAGAAAGGCACAGGAGGACGAAAUUGACAAGAAGACAGUUAAAAGCUUAAAAAAUAUGAUAGAGGAAGAUCGCCAUACUUUCGAGGACGAUGUCGUCUUGUCGGACAACUUCAAAAAAAGAAAUGGAACCUCUGCUAAGCCAGAUAUUUCUAAAAGCCGCACUCGAGACAAUCACUUCUCUGAAGAAGUGUUGAAGAAGCUUUGGAUUGACACGUCUUCAACCUCCUCUUUCCAGCACAUGAUCCAAGGAAGAAUAAACCUACCGAUAUGGGGAUUUAAGGAAGACAUACUGCGCACUCUUGACGCGCACCGGGCAGUAAUCAUAUGCAGCGAAACAGGAAGCGGUAAAAGUACACAGGUGCCGUCGUUCAUAUUGGAAAAUGAGCUUCAACACGGUCGUCCUUGCAAGAUCUAUGUCACGGAACCUCGAAGGAUUUCUGCAAUCUCUUUGGCCAGAAGGGUAAGCGAGGAAUUGGGAGAGAGCAAGAAUGACGUAGGAACAUCACGGUCUCUUGUCGGAUACGCUGUGAGGUUAGAAAGCAAGGUCAGCCAGCAAACGAGACUAGUAUAUGCGACCACUGGGGUCGUAGUACGAAUGCUGGAACGCCCCGAGGAUUUUCAAGACAUCUCGCACGUCAUUCUUGACGAAGUACAUGAACGUUCAAUUGACGGUGAUUUCCUUCUCAUUGUCCUCCGAAGACUGAUGCAGCAGAGGCCAGAUCUGAAGCUAGUAUUGAUGUCGGCGACUCUUGAAGCACAACGAUUUUCAUCAUACCUUGGCGGCGUCCCUGUUUUGAACAUACCUGGAAGGACAUUCCCUGUGGAGAUCAAAUAUUUGGAGGAUGUCAUCGAAACGACAAAAUACCGAUUGUCAGAAGACAACUCGUCGACGUUAUCUGAAGAUGAUGUAGAGGAGGCCCCUGCUGAGAACGCAUCUUCUGGUGGUCUGCUGGCAACACUCGACCAUUAUUCCAAGCAAACCAAAGACACGGUUCUUAAAUUCGAUGAAUACCGCCUCGACUAUCAACUGAUUAAGACGCUUCUUCUCAAGAUUGCAUUAGCACCAGAGCUGGCGCAGUAUAGCAAAGCAAUCCUGGUAUUUAUGCCUGGACUGGCAGAAAUCCGUCGGCUAAAUGACGAGAUCCUCUCUGAAGCUGCUUUUCAGAAAGGGUGGGUUGUUUACACACUUCACUCUUCCAUCGCUAGCGAUGACCAAGAGAAGGCAUUUGUUGUGCCUCCUGAGGGUAUAAGGAAAAUUGUGAUUGCCACGAAUAUUGCCGAGACAGGUAUCACAAUUCCCGAUAUAACUGCUGUCGUCGAUGCAGGUAGAGAGAAGACAAUGCGAUUUGAUGAACGGCGACAGCUGUCUCGGCUUGUAGAAACGUUCAUCUCUCGUGCUAAUGCUAAACAGCGGAGAGGACGAGCAGGACGAGUCCAGAAUGGCAUCUGUUUCCAUCUGUUUACCAAGUACCGGCAUGAUAAUUUGCUCGCAGGUCAACAAACUCCUGAAAUGCUUCGAUUAUCCCUGCAGGACUUGGUUCUGAGAGUCAAGAUUUGCAAACUAGGCGAAGUAGAGCAGACCCUCCUUGAAGCUCUAGAUCCUCCGUCACCCAAAAAUAUACGCCGAGCGAUUGACUCUCUCAAGGAGGUGAAGGCCUUGACAAAUGCGGAGGCCUUAACACCGUUGGGGAUGCAGCUUGCCAAGUUACCUCUGGAUGUUUUCCUCGGGAAACUCAUCAUCUACGGUUGUUUCUUUAAAUGCCUGGAUGUCUGCGUUAGCAUCGCGGCCAUUAUGUCUUCCAAGUCACCUUUUGUCAACGUCAUGGGGUCCAACACGCAGAAGGAGCUGGCUAGGCUUUCUUUCAAGAAAGGGGAUUCGGAUCUAUUGACUGUAUACAACGCUUACUGCUCCUGGAAACGCACAAGGAGCACUCAUGGCGCGAAUGAAUAUGCAUUCUGCAGGAAAAACUAUCUCAGUCCUCAGACUCUCCUGAAUAUCGAAGAUAUCAAGAUGCAACUUCUUGUUUCCAUCGCCGAUGCCGGACUUAUUUCUUUAGAUUCGACGCAACGAGCUGCUUUUAAUAGGGCUCGCUAUAGCGGCCGGCAACGACAGUUCUUUUCAAUACCCGAAGAGUACGACUUAAACAGCACGAAUGAUGUUGUGGUCAAUUCGGUAAUAGCUUGGAGCUUCUACCCCAAGCUACUCACCCGCGAGGGCAAAGGCUGGCGGAACAUCGCAAACAACCAGACAGUAACCCUUCAUCCAACAUCCGUGAACAAGCAAUCAGAAUCGUUGGUGAGGUGGCUAUCGUAUUAUAAUAUCAUGCAAGCGCGUAACAGGGCCUACCAUGCGCAUGAAACCAGCGCUGUUGAGGAUUUCGCGAUUGCUUUACUCUGCGGCGAUGCCGAGUUUAAGAUGUAUCCGGGUGUGAUCUCUAUAGACGGGAGCAGGAUCCGGUUCUCAGUCCGCAACUGGAAACCCAUGCUUGCGUUGAAAAUCCUUAACUCCCGCAUGCGAGAUAUCCUUUCUGGUACAUUCCGCAACCCACACAAAGCAUUAUCAUAUCGACAACAGCAGUGGAUUGAGAUCUGGCAGCAGAUCUUCUCACGAGCAGGGAAGAGGAGUCUUGAUUCAAAGAGGGAGCGGAAGGCAUAGUAUAGCAUGAGGGGUCCUUCAUGUUCCACCACUGCAAAUAGGGAAAAUAGAUAUUACCUCUCUUGUUGCAUUCCCAUUGGAAGAGGAAAUGAGAUAUACUAGUAGAAUUCUUAGGUUUUAUCUUACAAUAGAUGCCAUUCACU